GGGCGCCUUGGACUCGCGACUUACCCCCUAUCCGCCCGACCCCCUGAGAAAAGCGCGCAAAGGCGCGGAGAGGGACGGAAACCACAAAUAAAUAGCGGCGGCAGCAGCGCGUCAUCUGGUGGAGCAGGAAGUGCAGGCAGAGUCCGGAGGCUCGUGCUUUCUGCGCGUCCCCAGCACUUUGCCAUGGGCUGGGGGCCGCGGAGGCUGCGAGCGGCCGGCCCAGGGCAGAGGCGGCAGCGCCUGCAGCGCGGCUGAGGGAGCAGCGUCGCGCGGGGCGCCCGAGAUGGCAGCGUCCAGCAACUCCAGCCUGUCCGGUUCUUCGGUGUCCUCCGAUGCUGAGGAAUACCAGCCGCCAAUAUGGAAAUCUUACUUGUAUCAGCUACAGCAAGAGGCACCGCGUCCCAAGAGGAUCAUUUGUCCUCGGGAGGUGGAAAACAGACCAAAAUAUUAUGGAAGAGAGUUUCAUGGGAUUAUAUCCCGGGAGCAGGCUGACGAGCUCCUCGGGGGCGUGGAAGGCGCCUACAUCCUCCGUGAGAGCCAGCGGCAGCCGGGAUGCUACACACUGGCACUACGGUUUGGAAACCAGACCUUGAACUACCGGCUCUUCCAUGAUGGCAAGCACUUCGUGGGGGAGAAGAGGUUCGAGUCCAUUCAUGACCUGGUGACGGAUGGUUUGAUAACGCUGUACAUAGAAACGAAAGCUGCCGAGUACAUCUCCAAGAUGACCACAAACCCCAUCUACGAGCACAUUGGCUACGCCACUCUACUCCGAGAAAAAGUCUCCAGGCGGCUGAGCAGGUCUAAAAACGAAUCCAGGAAGACGAGCGUCAGCCACGAAGGGCACUCGGGAGUGGAGAAGAUCUCCUCCCUGGUCCGAAGGGCUGCCCUCACGCACAGUGACAACCACUUCAACUAUGAGAAGACGCACAACUUUAAGGUGCACACAUUCCGAGGCCCACACUGGUGUGAAUACUGUGCCAACUUCAUGUGGGGACUCAUUGCCCAGGGCGUCCGAUGCUCAGACUGCGGGCUGAAUGUGCACAAGCAGUGCUCCAAGCAUGUGCCCAAUGACUGCCAACCUGACCUCAAGAGGAUCAAGAAGGUGUACUGCUGUGACCUCACCACCCUCGUGAAGGCUCACAAUGCCCAGAGGCCCAUGGUGGUGGACAUGUGCAUCCGGGAGAUUGAAGCGAGAGGAUUAAAGUCAGAAGGACUGUACAGAGUCUCUGGGUUCACUGAGCACAUCGAAGAUGUCAAAAUGGCGUUUGACAGAGAUGGAGAAAAAGCAGAUAUUUCUGCCAGCAUAUACCCAGACAUCAACAUCAUCACUGGAGCCCUUAAACUGUACUUCAGAGACCUGCCCAUCCCUGUCAUCACAUACGACACCUAUUCCAAAUUCAUAGAGGCAGCCAAAAUCUCCAAUGCAGAUGAGAGGCUGGAGGCUGUCCAUGAAGUGCUGAUGCUGCUGCCUCCUGCCCACUAUGAGACCCUGCGAUACCUGAUGAUCCAUCUCAAAAAGGUUACCAUGAAUGAGAAGGACAAUUUCAUGAAUGCUGAAAACCUGGGGAUCGUGUUUGGGCCCACCCUGAUGAGGCCCCCGGAGGACAGCACCCUCACCACCCUGCAUGACAUGCGGUACCAAAAGCUGAUUGUGCAGAUUUUGAUAGAAAAUGAAGAUGUUUUGUUUUAAGCCAUCGGAGACAUGAGCUCCAGGGCCCCCUGGUCCCAUCUAAGUUGAUUCAGCCUAAGGAAUAAAAACAUUGCUUGCACUUGGUUUGUUUUUCAAGCAAGUGACAGAAUCCCCUGGACCGCAGUGGAUCAUGGAGUCAGAUGCUGUGUCUCAUAGACACGCCGUCCUCCACGUGAGAACAUGGGUGAGAGCAAGAACAGGCUGUCACCCUGGGUCUUUCGCCGUGCCUCGUAUGUAUAUCUAUUCUGCUGGAAGAGCGAUUAAUAAAUCUUUCUUUAACUUAUUAAAAAAAAGACCUUUAAACUUCAGUUUUAGUAAUAAAAGGGAAUUUAAUCCAUAAAGGUACUUGAUACAGUUUUACAUUUUUCACUUUCAAAAAAAAGACAAUGCUAUAUGUUAAAUGUUAAAUGAAGCCUAUAUUGUAAAAUGUAUUUUUUAUUUGAGCUGCAAGAAUGUUAUUUUAUUUUAGCAAAUAGAACUCAAUGCAGUGCAUUGAUUAUUGCCCUGUGUUCCUGGUCCCACGUUCUUGCUGUGAUGCCCUGAAAAAGUUGGCCACCAUUGCAGUAUUAUCUUGACAUACCUCUGUCUUGAUUAUUAGUGCUUUGCAGUGAAAUUCCACCUGCCGCGUGCAUCCCUGCUUGUGAUAGUUUUUGCUCAUAAGCACGGACAUCCUGCUCUCAUAUAGUAUAUGUUUAUAGCCAUUGUGGGAUGGUUUAAAAUAGCCACAGAUCUUGUUUCCAUUUAAAAAAAAAAAAUCGUGUGAUGUCCCAAAGUACGUUUGGAACCAGUCCUAGCCUUUCCAUGUAGUGUGUGUCCGGGAACGUGCCUAGUGUGGUCAUUUUACAUAAUGGUUGCAGGACAUUGGAUGCAUCUGGGCUGUGUAAUAAGAUGUCCCUUUUCUUCCUUUGUGUCCAGCCACGCCCCCUGAGUUGUAUCUGUUAAUGGUAAGUUGUAUGCUUGUCAUGUUUCUGUACUUCUGACAAAUGAAUCUGCAGCAUCACUGGUUGUUUCAUAAACAAGCCUAUUUUUAAAGGACUGAAGAAGACAUUCUACUCUUUGUGAAAAGUAGAUCUGUCUGAGUAUGAUUGCAUUGAUUUCUGUCAUGCUAUCUGAUUGGUCACAUGAGCCCCCAAGAUGUCUAUGUUUUGUAACAUAGGUGAAAUAUUUAAAAGCGUCAAGAAGUGCACACCUGGAAUUUUUUUUCUUAAUCCACUUACAAUGUCAAUCCCCCUGAUUGCGAGGAUUAGCAGAAUCACGCCCCUGUUUUGUCUGGAGUGAUCAGAAGAGAACCUCUGGGUGCCCUGCAGAUGGGUCCCGCAAUGAGGGCUCAAGCCGUCCAGCCUGAUCCCUGCCCCUCCUGUGACCGUCCCUCCCGGCUGUGCUGAUGUGUUGUAGCUUAGGUACUUUUUGGUACUGUCAGACAUGAUCUGGAAAUGGUUUUAUUUUGUGAAGUGAAUGAUAUUUGUAAUUUAUGCUGGUGUCCAUGGAGGGAAAAGGCAUUAUAUAUAUUAAAUGGUUCUGCCUCUC